AUGUAUGGGUUGCGACAAGCAUCAAGGCAGUGGUUCACUAAAUUUUGCAACACACUGACCACCCAUAGCUUUACACAAUGCAGAAAGGAUUACUCUCUUUUCGCUCUAGGAGAGGGUGAGGCAACUACCUAUCUCAUCGUGUACGUGGACGACAUCAUCAUCGCUGAUCCCAAAUAUGAAAUGGUGGACAAUGUUAAAUACAAGUUUCAAUCCAUCUUCAAGUUUAAAAUCUUGGGUGACCUUAAGUUCUUCCUUGGUCCUGAGCUUGCCAAAUCAAAAGAUGGGAUUACUCUGAUUCAGCGAAAAUAUACACUCCCAUUAUUAGAGGAGACUAGUUUCUUAGGGUGCAAACCUGCCAAUACACCCAUGGAUAUUAAUCUGAAACUUAGGGCUGACGAAGAUGAUCCUAUCCCUGAUGCUUCGAGUUAUCGCAGAUUAAUUGGCCGCCUCAUAUAUCUCACUAUAUCUCGGCCAGACAUCACUUUUGCCAUGGUAAAAUUGGCUCAAUACAUGGCAAAUCCUUAA